GAUCUGCUUGUGAUUGAGCCUGUUUUAUGUGCCAGACCUCCUAUUGGCUGAUCCCAUGGGGGUUGGUCGGGUAGGAGUGGAUCGUGGCGUUAUAAAAGCGUAGAAUGCUGCUUGCCACAUACACACAUUUACAUACACACUUGUGUGUGUUUGUUAGUGAAUGGAACAAAAGAGGAGACUAUCCAAGAUACAUCCUUUUUGACGCUCUCAUCUGGAAAUUACCAUGGAUGCAGAAGAGUUCCGUCGUCGAGGAAAGGAGAUGGUUGACUUUGUGGCCGACUAUUUAGAGACCCUGGAACAGCGGCCGGUCUAUCCAGACGUGGAACCAGGAUAUCUCCAGACCUUGAUCCCGACUGAGGCACCAGUGGAACCAGAGAGCUAUGUAGAUAUCAUGAAAGAUGUGGAGCGGGUCAUAAUGCCUGGGGUUACCCACUGGCACAGUCCAUACUUCUAUGCUUACUUCCCUGCAGCUUCCUCCUAUCCUGCCAUGUUGGCAGACAUGCUGUCUGCAGCCAUUGGCUGCAUUGGAUUCUCUUGGGCAGCCAGCCCAGCUUGCACAGAGCUGGAGACAGUCAUGUUAGACUGGUUGGGGAAGAUGCUGCAGCUGCCUGCGUCUUUUAUAGCUGGAACUAGUGGCCUAGGAGGAGGAGUCAUCCAGGGCACAGCCAGUGAGGCGACCCUCAUGUCUUUGCUCGCUGCUCGUUGCAAAGCCAUCCGUCGAAUCCAGAGCAUCUCUCCGGAAAUGUCAGAGUCGGUCAUCUUCUCCAAACUGGUGGCAUACACAUCGGAGCAAUCUCAUUCAUCAGUGGAGCGUGCAGGUCUGAUCGGAAGCGUGAUGAUGAGGAAAGUCCCGACAGACAGCACUUAUGCUGUCACAGGUGAAAGUCUGAAGAAGAUGGUGGAAAAGGACAAAGCGGCGGGACUCAUCCCUUUCUAUUUCUGUGCAACACUUGGCACCACUGCAUCAUGUGCGUUUGACCACAUCACUGAGCUGGGGCCCAUAUGUAAUGAGGAAAACAUGUGGAUGCAUAUUGAUGCUGCAUAUGCUGGAAGUGCAUUUAUCUGUCCUGAAUUUCGUCCCUUGCUGAAUGGUGUAGAGUUUGCAGAUUCUUUCAACAUGAACGCACACAAAUGGCUGUUGGUCAACUUUGACUGCUCCACAAUGUGGGUGAAGAAGAGACAGGACAUCAUUGGUGCCUUCAAGAUUGAACCAGUUUAUCUGAGACAUGAGAACCAGGAGUCAGGUUUGGUGACGGAUUAUAGGCAUUGGCAGAUCCCACUGGGCAGACGAUUCCGUUCGCUAAAAUUGUGGUUUGUCUUCCGGAUGUACGGGCUCAAAGGACUACAGGCUCAUAUACGCAAGCAAGUGGAGCUGGCCAAGGAGUUUGAGAGUCUCGUACGAGCAGACAAGAGAUUUGAGAUCUGUGCUGAGGUCAUCAUGGGUCUGGUCUGCUUCAGACUCAAGGGCUCCAACGAGCUGAACCAGAAGUUGCUGAAGAGGGUCACAAAGAACCGAGAGAUACACUUGGUGCCUUGUCAUCUGUCUGGACGCUUUGUGCUGCGUCUGGCCAUCUGCUCGCGCGGCACUGAGUCGCGCCACAUCCAGCAAGCGUGGCGGCACAUCACACAGCUGACCUUUGAACUCCUGCAAGAAGGUGUUUAGUGACAACUUGGUCAGCAGGCCACACCUACUUCAAUCCCUCGCUCAAACAAAUGUUACGAGGCUAACGUGGCAGAUAGGAAAUGUCAUAGAGUACAAAACACGCUUUGCAACUGUUAACACAUGCAAAUUUACAUCCUUGAUUAUUUGCAAGUAUUUAUAUAAAAACAUGCACGCUCCUUAGUGUCACAUUUUCAUUUCAAGUCUGUCCUGAGUUAGCUUUCACUCCUGCUUCGUACGUGUUUACUUAUUGCCUAUGCAGCUUCUGUCCCGUGUGUCCUAUGGAAAUAUGUGCUCUCUUAAGAAUGUAUUGCAAAUGAUAUAAGUGUGGAGGUUUUUUUUUGGUUAAUACCCGCAUUGACCCGAAUUGUAAGACGACCCCUUUUUUUCCAAGACUCAUUUUGGGAAAAAUAUUGAGUUUUUUUUUUUUUAAAGACAAAAUCAAA